AUAUAAUCUGUAGAUUUGAUUGGUGAUCAUGAAACUUCUUCUUUUUUUAUAUUGUAUAUAAGAAAGAUGAGGGACGAGAAAGCAGGAGGACCAAGAAUGGGACCUUCCAUUCCAAAAAGACUCAAUUAUACUUUUUGGUCAGAAUUUGAAAGAACAAAACAAGAAACUUCCACUAGAGAAGGUGAGAUACAAAGAUGAUUUGCGGUGGUGCUUUGACACAUGUUGCUUUAGGUUUAACCGCCUUCCUCCUCUUCGCCGUUGUUCACAGCCAGGAGAAGUGCAGCAGAACCUGCAUUGCACAGAAAUGCAAUGUUCUCAGCGUUCGAUAUGGGAAGUAUUGUGGGAUAGGUUACUUUGGAUGUCCGGGAGAGCCACCUUGUGAUGAUCUUGAUACUUGUUGUAUGAACCAUGACAAUUGUGUUGGUGUAAAAGGUAUGACUUAUGUUAACUGCCACAAGCAGUUCCAGCGUUGCGUAAACGAGCUAAAAAAAUCAAUCCAACAAUCUAACAACCAAAAGGUUGGAUUUUCCAAGCAAUGCCCUUAUUCAACAGUGAUACCAACCGUGUACAGAGGAAUGAAUUACGGCAUUUUCUUCAGUGGGAUAGGUAAUAUCAUUAAACCUAAGAAGCCAGCAAGCGCCGCGCCCGUAGUGGAGGUGGAUCUAGCUCGGAGUAAAGCAGACACAAAAGAUGGCCUUGGAAAAAAUCAAGGACCUCAAACAAAAGAUGGCUCCAAAGUCUCUGUUUUGAUGAACCCUUCUCCUUCUUGAUCAUUAGGUUCAUGGCUUCCAGGUCAAAGCCAAGUAGCAGUGACUAGUGAGUGGAUUAGUCGCCCAUGUAUUAUAUACAUUACUUUAGUUUCUAUUGUACUCUAGAUGUAAGGAAAUCAAAUGUAGAUAAAGAAAAGUGUAUAUGGAAUUUUUAUAAGAAAACAACAUAAAUUUGUUGUUUCAUUAUGUUUGAUGAGUAUCAUUUCGUACCAUAUUUAUUUUC